AUGCCCUCUGUGAAAACUAUUGUCUCAACCGCAGCUUCCGUUGCUGCUUCAACAAUGGUUGUCCGGUCCUUACUUCGCGAUCUCGUACCAUAUGAGCUGCGAUAUUACUUAUUUAGGAGCAUCCAGGGCUUCUUCAAGUCCCUUUCAGCUGAAGUGACCGUAGUCAUUGAAGAAUACGAUGGCCUAGCCAGCAACCAAAUAUACAAGGCCGUCGAUCUUUACUUAGGCAACAAAACUUCUCCGACAACUCGGUCUUAUAGAGUCUGUUUGCCUGUAAAAGGGACAAAGAUGUCUAUUUCCAUGGCAAAGAAUCAAGAAGUAACAGAUGUCUUCCAAGGGGUGAACUUCAAAUGGAGACAGAUUACAAGAGAGGUUGAACUGAAGCAGAUGACACAUGAAGGCCGGCAAUCCCAGGCGUCAGAAGUGCAGUAUUAUCAGCUGAAGUUUCACAAGAAACAUAAGGAUUUGGUUUUCAAUUCUUAUUUCCCUUUCAUACUAAACGAGGGGUAUAACGUGCAAGAAGCACAAAAAACCUUGAAACUGUAUACUAUGCAAAGUGACAACUUUCGAGGAUUCCCCUCUGGUAGGGAACAUUCAUGGCAUUCUGUGAACCUUCAUCAUCCAUCUACGUUUGACACAUUGGCGAUGGAUUUAGGCCUCAAGAAGACUAUAAUGGAGGACCUCGAUAGGUUCGUGAAGAGGAAGGACUAUUAUGGGAGAGUAGGGAAGGCAUGGAAAAGGGGGUAUUUACUUUACGGUCCGCCGGGCACAGGGAAAUCAAGCUUGGUGGCCGCGAUGGCCAAUUAUCUGAAUUUCAGUAUCUAUGACCUGGAACUUACAAAUAUCUCUCAUAACUCUCAGCUGCGUAAAGUGUUGUUGGCAACUGAAAACAAAUCCAUACUUGUCGUUGAGGACAUAGAUUGCAGCCUCGAGUUGAAAGAUCAACAAGCGGACAACGACACAUCAGCUCCAAUUGGUAAACGUCCCUCACUUCGACAAAGCCGGGUGACAUUGUCAGGAUUUCUCAACUUCAUAGAUGGGUUAUGGUCAAGCUGCGGCGAUGCAAGAAUCAUAGUGUUCACGACCAAUCACAAAGAAAAGCUAGACCCUGCUUUGUUGCGCCCGGGACGAAUGGACAUGCACAUUCACAUGUCAUACUGCACGCCUUGUGGUUUCAAAACACUGGUGGCUAAUUAUCUUAGCACGACUGACCACCCACUAUUUCCUGAAAUUGAAGAGCUAAUGAAGUCUGCGCUGAUCACCCCGGCCGAAGUCGGGGAGCAACUGCUGAAGAAUGAUGAUCCUGACAUUGCCCUACAGGGUCUGCUAGGAUUUCUCCAUACGAAGAGAAGGGAGAGUCCCCAAAUGCAAGUGAAUGACCAGGACCAUAAAAGAGACAGCAAAGAGAAGUUAGAGAACUAG